UUGUCCACCAAAAAAUCUUUCUUCCUGAGCCGGUAUUGCAAUUCCAGCCUCCUGAGCCGGUAUUGCAAUUCCAGCCUCUAGGGAUUACUAUGUGUCAUCAAAUGGUUUGCCAAAGCUUAUCGAAUAAAAAGAAUGUAUAGGGUUAACAAAAUAAGGGCUGCAAGCGAGUUACGUUGGCUCAGGGGUGGGCGCAACCCAACUUAGGGACGCAAAUGGGCCAGGCCAGGCCUAGGGAUUUCAGAAUGUCAACGGGUCUAGCCCGCAGCCGUAAGCAAAACCAGGCGGGCGUGCAAACGGGAGAGGAGAAAUGCCUUGCCGCACGCGGCUUCAUCUAAACAAACUUCCCGCGGGAUUUUGGACGCGCUCCACGGUCGAAAACUCGAAAGCCAGCGAGAGAGGUGGGAUUUUUGAAGCCUCUGGAUCCAAAAAUUUGAUAAGAAUUUAUAGGAGUCCUCAAAAUUCAAAACUCAUCUCCCCAUUCCCUUCUUUCCCGGCUCUUUUGCCACCAUUUUCCCUUUUCCCGGCUUUUUCUUCUUCCCUCUUCGAUCCAUAUUCAUCUCAUUAAUCUGUCGCUUUUUUCCAAGAGAUCUUUCCACUUCCGCCAGUGACGUCUUCGCACCGGUAAUGGAGAACAGCUUCCAUGGGUUGCCACCCUCCAAGAGAUUCAAGCUUCUCCAUCUGCAAGAGAACCCCCAUCCCUCGGAUUCCCCCAUGCCCGAAUGCCUCCCAGCCAAAAAGAGGCUCGAUCAUAUCCUUCACCACCAUCACUAUCCCAUCUCCACCACCUCCCUCUGCCUCCCAGCCAAGAAGAGGGUCUGGGCUCCCCACCUCUCUCCCCUCAAACACCAACACGAGGACCCUAAUCCCAUCUGCCCUCAAUCCCACCUUCAAUCACAAGAUGAUGAAGAACCUAGCAAACAACAAGAUGACGACCAAGAGGAGGAGGACGAUGGGGUUACCUGUGCGGUUUGCCGGAGCACCGACGGUGAUCCCGUGGACCCCAUCGUGUUCUGCGAUGGCUGCGAUCUCAUGGUACAUGCCUCGUGCUACGGCGAUCCCCUGAUCAAAUCCAUCCCGGAAGGAGACUGGUUCUGCCUGAGAUGCUGCGAGAGAAAGGGCAAGGAGGAGGAGGGCGAGGAGAAGCCGAGCUGCUGCUGCCUUUGCCCGGUGAAGGGAGGAGCGGUGAAGCCCACCACGGACGGCGGGUGGGCCCACAUCAUGUGCGCCCUCCUCGUGCCGGAGGUCUUCUUCCGCGACCCCGAUGGGAGGGACGGCAUCGACUGCUCCCGGGUUCCCGGUAGAAGACGAGACAUCGAAUGCUACAUCUGUGGGUCCAAUCGCGGGUGCGCCAUCGAGUGCUCGGAGCCCAAGUGCGGGUUGGGGUUCCACGUUUCCUGCGGGCUGGAGAAGGGUCUCUCCAUAGAGUACAAGGAGGGAAGAGGAGGAGCCAUCGUCGCCGGCUUCUGCGUGGAUCACACCCAGCUCUGGAAAAAGCAACAAAUAACUGGCAAGUUCAAGAUAGUACCAAGAGAUCGCGAGCCCAAGGGAAAGACUAGAUUUUGAUGACAGUUCAUUUGUGUGACUGGGCCGGAGAGAGAUAAUGUUGUUCUAAGCUUGGAUGUUGAUUUCUUUUGCACUAAUUUGGUUUGUAUGGCAGCUAGGAAUUGUAGCAGUUAAUUUCUUUUCUUUAGUAGAGCUGUGCAGUGCUGCAUAUGCUUGUUCUAAGGAUUGUGGAUUUGAGCAGAUUGUUAUGUAAAUCAGUUGCAGUCUGACAUGCUGUGUGUGUGUAGUAUUUUAGGCGAGUGACAAGUAAUUUUGUGUAUUGUUUUAUUUAAAAAUUUGUCAGCUAAUUUUGGUUUUCAAUAAUUCUUCA